AUGUUCUUUUGUGCAAUCUCCGGAGAGCCUCCUCAGGACCCUGUAAUCUCUUCCAAGUCCGGACAUGUGUAUGAGAGGCGUCUUAUAGAGAAGUAUAUCACCGAAAAUGGCACGGAUCCCAUCACGGGAGAAAAGUUGGAGGAGGGUGACCUUAUAUCGGUGAAAGCCAGCCCCAAUGCGGCUCCUCCCCGGCCACCCACACACUCGUCCAUUCCUGCACUCCUGACGGCUUUGCAGAGCGAGUGGGACGCCCUUGUACUUGAGACUUUCACCCUCAAGCAACAAUACAACUCGACUCGCCAAGAAUUGAGCUAUGCACUAUAUGCACAGGAUGCUGCUAGUCGCGUUGUGGCGCGUCUCAUGAGAGAACGAGAUGCAGCUAGAGAGGCUCUAGCAACCGUCCAAACGUCUAUAGGCAUCACUCCAGCAGCGCCAGGGGCCGAUGUAGAGAUGGGUGACGAGUCAGCACCCUCAGAAGGCAUCCUUCCUGCAGCCGUCGUCGCCCAGAUUGAUGAGACGCACCAAACGCUCUCCGCCUCUCGCAAGAAACGUAAGGCGCCUGCCGAUUAUGCCACCCCUGCACAGGUCAAGACCUUCACCGCGAAGCACACCAUAUCAUCCCUUCAUUCUGCAUCCCCCGCCGGUAUCACAUCUAUCGCCAUUUCGAGUGCCAAUCCCUCGCAGUUUUUGACCGGUGGGAACGACAAAAUUGUUCAGCUUUACGACCGAAGCACGGACAAGGUGUUGGCGUCACUGAAGGGCCAUACCAAGAAGGUCAAUCAUGUAGCAUUCAGGGAACACGAAGGUGAUCCCACCUUGUUGCUUUCUGCGGGCGCAGACAAGAUUGCUCGUGUUUGGUCUCACGACGCCGCUUCCGACGAGUAUAUCCCCAGGUCGACUAUCAAAACGCACAAAGGCGAUGUUACGGGCUUAGCUGUUCACCCCACGUCGACUCUUCUUGCUCUUGCUUCGCUAGACAAAACUUACUCACUCCACGACCUUACGACCUUCACUCAGUUAUACCGCUCUUCAGCAGCCGAGGAAUCAUUCUCGUCCUUGGACGUCCACCCUGAUGGGACCAUUCUUGCCGUUGGUACACCUACGUCCACCAUCCAGAUAUUUGACAUCCGGUCCGGGGACGUUGCAGCAACCCUUGUUGCUCCCGAUAGCACACCGUUCACAGUGAACACUCUCAGCUUCUCGGAGAAUGGUUAUCAUCUUCUCGCCCCCGACUCUCUCUCGUCUGUGGGCAUAUGGGAUCUGCGCAAACAAAAGCUUGGACAUUCGAUCCCGCUUGGAGAUAAUUUCAAAGUCAACAAGGUCGUGUACGACUACAGCGCGCGUCUCCUCGGUGUUGCAGGCAAUGAGGGUGUUCGCGUAUAUGCACAUAAGACGUGGGAAGAGCUGGCGAGGUUUGAAGAGGGAGGUGAGGCAUCUGAUUUGGUGUUCGGAUCCAAGAGCUUGGAGAUCUGGGGUACUAGUGGCAGGGAGGUUAGAAUUUGGGGCUUGUCCGAGUAA